GUUCAGUCGUUAGUUGGUCACGUCGGCGAGUGUACAGGCGCGCCGCGGUCAUCGAUAAACACACCACACACCGCCGCGACUCCGCGAGUCAGCUCACGGAGGCAAACACCGGAGCGCGGCCUGCACGCAUCACCAUCGCAAUCGUCUUCGGUUCCUGGUGCAACGAUACGAUUGCACUGCACGGUGAGAAUCUUCGUCGGCGGAGAACGGCGCGAACACUGCGCGGCAUCGAUUUCUCUCCUUCGUGCUGGUGAGCGCGCUCUCGGGGUGCUUUUUCGGGUUCGUGUGGAUGUGCAAGUGCAGAGCGAGGACCACGCUCAGAGAUGACGAGGAAUUGUUCAUAAUCGCACAUUUAAACGCUGGGAUUAACAGGAAGUUCCUACUUUCAAAGUGACUUCGACUUCCACUUUUGUUAUCACUUAUCACGACCUAAGGUUAUCGAGUCGAUGCACAUCCGCGUUGUGAGACAUUCGUCGACCUAAUUGGUUGCCGGCGCUGACGUCCAUCCUCGCUGAUCAUUACGCCGCCGCCGCCGCCGGCGCUGGUGGGGGAAGCAGACGCAGCGAUCGUCAGCUGGCGCGGGCAUCGCGACGCCGCGCGCCGCCAGUCUACGUCGAGCGUUCGACUCGCACGCCCGCGCUCCAUCUCUGCGCCCGGUCGCUCUUCGGCACGCGCGUGUAUCGAUCGCGUUUUGGAUUACCGCUUUUUUGGAUUAUCCCCCGCGUGGUGGCGGAGUGACCAACGUGUGACAUAACCGAGUGUGACCCGAGUGUGCACAAUCAUGCAACUGCAACUGUUCCAACAACAGCGGUGGUGAUCCCGCUCGUGUCUCGCGUGUCUUUUCGGCUGCGGUCGUCUUUUUUUAGUGGUGGAUCAACUUGAGUUUUUGUGUGUGUGCGCGCGUUAAAAUGAUGAAUUCUUCGAAGACGGUUACGAUGCUCGCGCACGUUUGCGCUGCAUUCGUGGUGAUGACCUUUGCGGUUGGCUUCGUCGCGGAUGGUGUCGCAGCUUCCUGGCAGGAGAACGUCAGGCCGAAGAUGUACGUCCAAUUAGGAGCUGAAGAUGAUGUACAUCGUUUUAUGGGGAAUGACACGCACACGGAUUACUUCCGGUUGGUGAUGCGAGACUCUGAUUCGCUCAUCGUUGGCGGAAGAAACCUCGUUUAUAACCUAAGUCUUUCCAAUUUGGUCGAGCAGCAGCGGCUCACGUGGUUUUCCAAUGAGAAUGACGUCAAGAUGUGUGUCAUGAAAGGCAAAGAUGAUGAGAACUGUCAGAAUUACAUCCGCAUCAUGGCGCGGACCAACCAGGGCAAUCUGCUGCUCUGCGGUACCAACUCAUUCAAGCCGGUGUGUCGUGAGUACGGCAUCCUGCCCGGCAACUAUACCAUGGAGAAGGAGAAGCCCGGACAGGCGGUUUGUCCGUACGAUCCGCAUCAUAAUUCCACCGCGAUUUAUGUCGACGGUGACCUCUACACGGGCACCGUGGCCGACUUCAGCGGAAUGGAUCCGAUCAUCUACAGGGAGCCACUGCAGACCGAGCAAUACGAUUCGAUGAGUCUCAAUGCGCCCGACUUUGUGAAUUCGAUGACGCAAGGUGAUUUCGUCUACUUCUUCUUCCGGGAGACGGCGGUGGAAUACAUUAAUUGCGGCAAGGCUGUGUAUUCGCGAGUAGCUCGCGUGUGCAAAUACGAUCGUGGCGGGCCACACCGCUUCCGCAAUCGGUGGACGUCGUUCCUCAAGUCCCGUCUGAAUUGCUCCGUCACCGGAGACUUUCCGUUCUAUUUCAACGAGAUCCAAUCCACAACGGAAUUGAUCGAGGGCCAAUAUGGCGACAUCACUGCCCAGCUGGUGUAUGGCACGUUCACCACACCACCCAACAGCAUAUCCGGAAGUGCCGUGUGCGCCUUCGCUUUGCAAGACAUUGCCGAUACAUUUGAGGGCAACUUCAAGGAACAACCGACGCUCAACUCCAACUGGCUUCCGGUUCAGAGCUCCAAGGUGCCUGACCCUCGACCUGGACAAUGUCACAAUGAUUCCAGAACUUUACCUGACUUGACGCUUAAUUUUAUCAAGACUCAUUCGUUGAUGGACGAAAGUGUACCCAACUUCUUUGGGCAGCCGAUUGUCAUUCGAACCAGCUUCCAUUAUAGAUUUACUCAAAUCGCUGUAGAUCCUCAAGUCAAAGUCCCUGGAGGAAAGACUUAUGACGUGUUGUUCAUUGGUACUGAUAACGGCAAAUUAAUCAAAGCAGUUAAUGGGCUUUCAGCUGAAUCUCGUAAUGGCGUCAAGCCGGUCGUUAUCGAAGAAAUUCAGAUCUUCCCGUCACAUGUCCCCGUGCGAGGAAUUAAAGUAAUUCGUAAUGAAAAGCAAGCCGAAGGUCGCUUGGUAGUGAUCGCUGACGGAGAGGUUCAAUCAUUACGCUUACACCGAUGUGACAGUUCGAAGAUUUCGAGCUGUAGCGAAUGUGUUGCGUUACAAGAUCCAUACUGCGCGUGGGACAAGCUUCAGGGCAAAUGCCGCUCUCAUGGUGCAAAUCGAUGGGGCGAGGAGAGUUUCUUCUUCCAGAGUGUUUCAACUGGUCAGCACUCUGCCUGUCCUCCGAUGAAGUCUAACAAAGAUGCUGGUUCUCCUGGCGGCUUGUCCACGCAACCGAAAUUCAACCAGGAUCAUCAAGGUGGAAAGGAACUGCCGGAUGGUCAGAUUAUCAACAUUGUACAAGACAAAGUUUUUGAGAAUAAUGAUCCUGGUGUGAGGGCAACCGAGAGCAUGCCACCUCAGUACUCGGUGGAGACUCUGGUGAUAGCCGUUGUUGCUGGCGCGGUGUCAGCCCUUUGCGUUGGAUUUAUCGCCGGAUACUUGUGCGGAAGGAAAUGUCACAAGGACGAGGACGAUAACAUGCCCUAUCCGGACACCGAGUACGAGUACUUCGAGCAGCGUCAGAACAUGAAUAGGAUCCAAGCUGAACCAAAACUACUUCCCCAAGAGGAGGUCACCUACGCCGAACCGGUGCUAGUGCCCCAACCACCGCCUAAACUGCACUCGCCGAAGAGCACUCUACGCAAACUGCCCCAUCAGAAUAACGCCGAAACACUCUUCCAGUUCCAAACGGACGGCGGCUACAACGGGCGCGACUACCGCAGCCGUGACAAUUUUGGCACGCUGCGCUCCCAUCAGGUAAGCCACAGCGCGACCGCGCACAGGCGAGCAGGCGACAUUCGAAUGUUGAAUAAGAACGAUUUCUUCGUGUAGGGCGACAACAACUACAGGCGCGGCGACGGCUUCGCGACAACACGCAGCGUGAAGAAGGUGUACUUGUGAGAAAACAGCGAGGAGGCGGGUGGCGGCGCCGCCAACGCGGCCGGUAUGCGCAGCUUACAGCGCCAGCACCGGCCCCAUCGGACGGCACCUCCGCCGAGAGACGGCAACGGCAACUCGGGCCAUUCAGCGCUGCCAACCACCAGCAGCGGCUCGUCCAGCUCCCCGUCGCCGCCCUCCUCCUCGCCAUCGCCCACACCCCCACGCACCGCCUCUUACAUCUACCGGGCGUAGCCGACGAGAUCAACCACCGGCCCCGAAACAGACAUCAUUGAGUAAGCCCACGAACGUGACCGAACAAAAUGAACAAAUCAAAAUGUCCAUAAUCCUAACUCUCACUCUAACCUCCACACGUUGCGUCAUUCUUAGCGUCAUGGUCGCUGCUCAGUGCACAUAACCAAACUUGAGCAAAUAGAAUGACGAUUCAGCAAAUGUGUCAAUUACACUCUACAUGUUGAAACGCAGUUUUAAGAUUGAUACACUUGCGCCUUGAUAAAACGUCAAAUUGAACAUUAAAUGGUAAAACCAGUAGCGCCGCAUUGGUACCAGUUACGGUGACAGAACGAAAUUCAACUUUUUAUAGCGAUUAGCGACUAGUGAGCAGUUUGUGUUAGGCGAACACAAAAACAUCAAACUAGAGAGAGAGAGAGUCAGAAGGGAGUUUAAAUUGUAUUAGAUGAUGAUAAAAACGGACUAUACAUAAAAAACAUAUAUCUUUUUAAGUAAUUUGAAGAUUAAUAAGUGCUUCUUAUGGAUGUGUUAGAUAAGUACCCUUUUACUCAAAAACACCCCACGCCCACACGGAAGCUCCACAUUCUUUGCUGAAAAGGAAAACAUCCAGCAACUAGAAGUCGGAGACUUUUUCGUACAUUUUAAAUAACAUAUAGAUAUUGUUAUCAGUUUUUAGCGAUGACGCUAAGAUGUGAGCGAGCGUUUGUGAUUAGACAUGUACUAUAAUUAUGCCGUAGCCGUAUUUACAUAAUAAUAUACGCGUAGUUGACACAUUAACAGACAACUGUUGAGGUGUCCGGCCCGGAUGUGACAGAAAUCUUGCAGCAAGGUGUGAGAAUUUGGAUGUAAAGUUUUGUAAAUCUCGAUUUUUUUUUUCAAGUUUAGGCGGUUUUAGAUGGUUUUGUCACUGCAGGGUUGGACAAAUGAACAAUUUACAUACUUACAUACACGCCAGCACGUUUGAUGCACACUUAUUUCAAAGAUAUCUCACGAAAACGUAUACUCACUUAAAAUUUGAUGUGCCACUGAACUGUUACAAGACGAACGGGCCAAAAGACGAAUUGCUGAAUUCGAGCGAAACCUACAAAUUGUGCAGGAGUUGUCAGUAAUUGUGUAUCAAAUGUCCAAGAGUUGUCGAUUCGAAACGAACGAAACACAUGAAAGAUGCAUAGCUGUAUGGAAUAACGGAUAUAAACCAAAAAAAUACUUUAAAUACUUGUAUGCAAUACCUUAAUAAGCGAUCGUUCAUUAUUAUUUUUAUACAUCUCGAUGUUCUUAGCAUCUUAGGGUGAUACCAAACAAAACACACACGUCUUCAUUUAUUUUCAAUAUUCGUUCAUUUUCAUAUUUAUUCCAAUUUAUUUUCUCAUUAUCUUUUGAAACCAUGAUUCGAGUAAAUAUAGUAUUUGUACAUAUUAUAUGAUAAGACUGAGAAAGAAAUUUACGAGAUGAGCGAAUGUGCGUAGCGCAGCGUUUGAAAGCCGAUGAACGUAGGCAUCCUUGUCCAAUUUUUAGUCAGCCAUCUUGUUGUGAGACAAGCUCGUAAUUUCCGAGCCCAUACUUCCUUUCACAUAGCUGAUAAACCAAAUUUGCAAACAUUCUAUUCACUUAUUUCUAUUCAACAGAGAGGAAAACAGAAUAUUUUUGUUGUUUAUUGAAUAGGUUUUUAUAUAACAUUUGUUUUUCUAAGUUAUUUUAAGCGUUCACACGCGAAGGGGACGAUCUCAGUUGCAUUUCAACAAGCUCAAAGCUCAAAUUUGAAUUAUUUAAACAUUAAAACACACAAAUUACCUACGAGUUUCAGUUCGAAACAAAGAUUCAUUGUUAGGAUUUUAUUUUGAACCAAGUCUCUUUGUACAUCUCUAUCUUAAAGCUAACCAUCUAUUCCAAUACUAAUUAAUUACUGAAAAAACACACAAAAAUGAAUAAAAAUAAUUGUAUGUAGGACGGAAUAUAUUUCUAAAGACAUUUGACGAUGAUGAGAAGAUGAAAGGUGACGAGAACAAAACUUGUAUAAAGAUUGUAGAUAUAAUUUUAUUACAAUACUAUUACUAACAUUAUGAAUUAAUUACUUACGAAGAAAUACUAUGCAAGUAAAAACUAACUAAUUACUACCACCUAGUCAUUGCUAAUUACAUAAAUAUCGUCGCAUCUUUUCAUUACAAGAAUACAUGCAUAGAUUACAACAUUACGAAAGUAAACUACGUACAUAGCACACACGAUUUUUGUUUUUCCUCUGUUCCGACUUUUGUUCGAGGACAAAGAACAAAUUGUAAAGCGAUGCGGAAAUAGACGACGCGAACGUGCAAACAUAGAAAAGCAAGCACCUAAAUGUACAUAAGAAACAUUUUUAUACAGAAAACAAAAACAAAAGAAAUUGAUUCGCGUUGUAUAUUUACGUCCGCCCUUUUUGCAUUGUUUGCGCUGUUAGCGUAGGCAACGAUUCUAUGAAAACACGGAAGACAGAAACAGACUUACACUCACACGAAAUGUUGAAAAUUUUAUAUUAUAUAAGAAUACAAAUGCAAAAUAGUUUAUUGAUAACGAGUAAAAUACGAGUACGAAAAUUGCUUCUUCCUAUAAAGUAUAUAAAGUAAAAAAAUAAUUAAAACAAAGUAUGGAGAAUUAAAUGGUCGUUACGAUUUUCACCUGUUUCACGCGUCGUAACGCGCGUGAGAGUAAAAUGAUACCACGAGAGACAAAAAUCCUGUAAAGCUGUGUAAUAGCGUUUUUUGUAUAUGUAAUUAAGGCUGCCGCCAGUUUUUUAUAUUAUAUGAAAAUAUUAUAUUUAAUGAACGAUUAUAUUAUAUAUAUAUAAAUAUAUAUAUGAAUAUAUGAAAAUAUGAUAGAUGAUUACGAUCGCAAGCAGUCGAGCGGGGCGAAGAAUUGAAGAAAUUGAAAUACAUGAGAGUAAUCUAGUUGUA